GCUGGCCAUGUUCCGAGAAGCGGGCUGGCCUGGCAGCUGGGCUGCUCUGCGCAGCCAGAGCCCAGGAACUGAGCUUUUAGAGGGGAAUGUUCCUCUCCACAGUAAAAGGUGUCAGUCCUGUACCAGCCCUUCCCUUAUUUGUUGAGCCCUCACCAUAUGCCAGGCACUGAGCUGGCUCAUGGUCUGGCAGGAGAGGGUCACAGCCUUAGACUGGCUCAUGUAGUCAUUGGACAUCCUCUGGAAACAUACAGCAAGUCAUCUGAUUUAGUCCUCGGCCAGGCAUAGCUUCCUUAAGGAACUGACGUUUCUGCCAGAUGUUCAAAGGUGAGUACGUGGAGGUUGAGGGGAAAUGGGUAACAGAAGAGCCAUGUGAACUACAUGUGUAAAGGGCUGUGAAGUAUAGAGGAUGGAAGGGAGAGAAUGUGCAAGGAUCUUAAAGACAUUGCCCAUAUUUGAAGUGUGGAGCCGGCGGUAGGGGUGCCCAUGAGGUUGAAGUAGGCAGAGGUGGAAUAAGACAGAGCCUUGAUACAUGAUAAGCCUGCUUUAGUUAGGAGCCUUUUGGUUGAAAGUGACGAAAAUCCACCUAAGAAAAAAGGGAAGCCUUUAUUGGCUCAGAAGCUAAAAGUUCAGGGCUUUCAAGAUCAAAGAUGGCAUUGAAUUUUGACACCUCUCUCUGUCUCAUCUGUGCUUUCCUUUGUGAUAGCUUCGUUCUAGGACUGGCCUCUGUGAAAUGGUCUUCUGAUCCUCCUCCUCACACAGAAGCCGAAGACUGGAGUGGAAGGGGAGGGGGGGUGAAAGGCUAACCGAUGAAAGCCACUAAUCUUCCUUCCACUCUUCAAGACCUUUAAGGGCAUUUUCUCUGCUGCAUCCUCAGCUGCACCGGGAGGCAGGAUCCUCUGGGUUUGAUAAGAGAAAAAAGGAGAGCGGGGACCCAGAACCUCCUCCCGACUUCCGCCCCCUCAUUCUGGCCUUGCGAUCCUCUGCACUAAGCGGGUCCUGACCUAUUUGCCAGACUCGCUGUUUCUCCCUCCUUUUCUCGAACCACCCCCGGGUCCUGCCCCAGCUUCUGGGUUUCACAACUCCUCCACCCUCGGGGAGCCGCCCUUCUUUUGCUUGACACCCCCCCUAACUAGCCAGGACCAGCAAAAGAAGAGCCCAUCCCGAGACCCCUUUUUUACUGGGUUCCGGCGCUUCCGCCUCCGGGGCGAAGACUCCUCCCCCUCCCGUCCCAAUUGUGUUCCCUGGAAGAGCAGCCGGAAAAGCCGCCGCCGCCAGGAGCUGGUACCUUCUCGCAGCCCCGUGCACGCCCCAGACUUGCCGCGGCAUCCUGGGCCCCCGCUCCCAGCCGGGGCGGGCGGCGCGGGCUCCGGCGAGACUUCAGCACCACGGACAGCACCCCAGCCGCGGCCCUCCCGCCCUCGGCGCGCUCCCGCGGGUCUAGGUGAGGCGGCGAGCGAUGCCCACAGCAUGGCCUGGUGCUCCGAGCCCAUGGCGCUGCUCCUCGCUUUCGGCCUCCUCUGGCUGUGCUCAGGAGUCCGGGGUACAGACACAGAGGAGCGGCUGGUGGAGCAUCUCUUGGAUCCCUCCCGCUACAACAAGCUUAUCCGCCCAGCUACCAAUGGCUCUGAGCUGGUGACAGUACAGCUCAUGGUAUCACUGGCCCAGCUCAUCAGUGUGCAUGAGCGGGAGCAGAUCAUGACCACCAAUGUCUGGCUGACGCAGGAAUGGGAGGAUUACCGCCUUACUUGGAAGCCUGAGGAGUUCGACAACAUGAAGAAAGUUCGACUCCCUUCCAAGCACAUUUGGCUCCCAGAUGUGGUCCUUUACAACAAUGCGGACGGCAUGUAUGAGGUGUCCUUCUAUUCCAAUGCCGUGGUCUCCUACGAUGGCAGCAUCUUCUGGCUGCCGCCCGCCAUCUACAAGAGUGCCUGCAAGAUCGAAGUGAAGCACUUCCCGUUCGACCAGCAGAACUGCACCAUGAAGUUCCGCUCCUGGACCUACGACCGCACGGAGAUAGACCUGGUGCUCAAGAGCGACGUGGCCAGCCUGGACGACUUCACCCCCAGCGGCGAGUGGGACAUCGUGGCGCUGCCCGGCCGGCGCAACGAGAACCCCGACGACUCGACUUACGUGGACAUCACCUACGACUUCAUCAUCCGCCGCAAGCCGCUCUUCUACACCAUCAACCUCAUCAUCCCCUGCGUGCUCAUCACCUCGCUGGCUAUCCUCGUCUUCUACCUGCCGUCCGACUGCGGCGAGAAGAUGACCCUGUGCAUCUCCGUGCUGCUGGCGCUCACCGUCUUCCUGCUGCUCAUCUCCAAGAUUGUGCCGCCCACCUCCCUGGACGUGCCCCUGGUCGGCAAGUACCUCAUGUUCACCAUGGUGCUCGUCACCUUCUCCAUCGUCACCAGCGUGUGCGUGCUCAACGUGCACCACCGCUCGCCCACCACGCACACCAUGGCGCCCUGGGUCAAGGCCCUGUUCCUGGAGAAGCUGCCCCCGCUGCUCUUCAUGCAGCAGCCGCGCCACCACUGCGCCCGCCAGCGCCUGCGCCAGAGGCGGCGCCAGCGGGAGCGAGAGGGCGCGGGAGCCCGCUUUUUCCGCGAAGCCCCCGGGGCCGACUCCUGCACGUGCUUCGUCAACCACGCGUCCGUCCAGGGCGUGGCCGGGGCCUUCGGGGCGGAGCCCGCGCCGGUCCCCGGGCGCUUGCGGGGCCCCUGCGGCUGUGGCCUCCGGGAGGCGGUGGACGGCGUGCGCUUCAUCGCGGACCACAUGCGCAGCGAGGACGAGGAUCAGAGCGUGAGCGAGGACUGGAAGUACGUCGCCAUGGUGAUCGACCGCCUGUUCCUUUGGAUCUUUGUCUUUGUCUGUGUCUUUGGCACCGUCGGGAUGUUCCUACAGCCUCUCUUCCAGAACCACACCACCGCCGCCUUCCUCCACGCAGACCCCUCGGCUCCCAGCUCCAAGUGAGCCUCCCUCACUCAGCGCCACCCCGCUGCCCUCUGCUGUACAGUCGUUUUGGGUGGAAGAGGAUGAGCUACCAGGAAGAGGGGCGCUGCCCACAAAGAUCUGUCCUUCCACGUCACCUGGAGCCCCUCCCCCCACCCACAGCCAGCUCCCCCUGGCAGCUGGGCCAGCCGCUCUCCUCCUCCUGCACCAAUAGUGUUGCUGGUUGAGGAUGAGGCCGAGAAAAGGAGGGUGGAGAUAUCGGCGACUUCCAGCCUGAGGAAAGUGUGAAGGGGAAGGGGCCGAGUAAGGGCCAGAAUCUUCCACUGCCUUCUAGUCACCGGAAAGAGUGAGAGGGACAGGGGCUCCAGCUCUGCUGGGCCGGCCCAACACAAUGGCAGCUCAGAAGGGAGGAGCAAGAGGAGAGAGGCCUGGGUGUGACCGGAUGCUUGCCUCAGCCCCAGUGAACAGCAGCUGGGCGGGUGGGCCUCACAAGGGGCACAGGUUCCUGUCCAGAGGGUUCGUCUGCUGCUGUGGUCAGACGCCUGGAGGGAGCUUCCAGCCCGGUCCCACCGCCCCAGCUCCCCUCGUCCCGGUGAGGAAUUCUCUGCAACCCCUGGACUUUCCUUCCUUUCUUGCUCGGCCAGGGUGUGAAGGGCAAGGCUGGGUAUUGGGAGCCUCUGAGUUUUGAGUCUUUGCAUGACCUGCUUGGAGCCCGAGGUCCGAGGACACACACUUUGGGGAAGGGCAAGUUCACAGGCUGUUUUUUCCCCCAGUUGAACUGACUGGUUGUUUGAAGUAAAUGAAGGAUGUUAGCUGUAAGCAGAGCCAGCCUUUUUAUUUUUUUUAAAUAUGUUUUUUUAUUGAUUUUAGAGAGAAGGGAGAGGGACAGAGAGAUAGAAACAUCGAUGAGAGAGAAACUUCCAUCGGCUGCAUACCCUACACUGGGGAUCCAUCCUGCACCCUGGGCCUGUGCCCUGACUGGGAAUCGAACCAUGACCACGCAGUUCAUAGGUCACCUCUCAACCACUGGGCCACACUGGCUGGUUCAGACCCAGUCUUUUUGUGUCAGCAGAGCUGGCUGCCAGGAGAAAGCGGGCUGUGGAGGCCAGCGGGCAGGGCGGGAGUGGCCGCAUCUGCACUGCUCCUGCUCCGCCCUCCUCCUCAGGGCUGUUCUUCCUGCUCUCGCCCCUGCUCUCACCCCGCCCACCCAGACCUGAGCAGGAUUGCGGUGGGACAGGACUGCUGCUGCCAGUAGCUCCCCAGAAGGCAGCCCAUCCUGUGAGUCUGUGGAGGCUAUGUUCUGACACUGCUCCCAGGGGACAGCCGGAGGCCACCUGGCCUGUUAGCACAGGAAACAGACCUCUUAUGGGAGUUCUGUCCCCAUCCCUGCCACGUGACUGGCUCUGAUUUAUGGCCACAGCCUGUGCUCCGUGCUGGGCCAGCAGGUGGCAGGUCACAGAGGGGUCAGUCUGCCAAGUGCACUGAGGGGUCUGGCCCCCACACACCAUGCUGUUCUUGAGCCCAGCUGGACUCCUGUGCCCCCAGGCACAGCACAGGUUGGGGUGCCAGUGGGUGAGAGGAGACGCACGGCAUGUGCAGAGCGCUGGACCGGGGUCCCAUUCUGGAUUCUAGUCCCAGCUCUGCCACUGAACCGUCUUGAGCAAUCUCUGCCUUGUUGGGUCUCUGCUCCCUCAUCUAUGAAAUGGGGACAGUGAGGAUGAAGUGAUGCUUGUGAAAAAGCCAGUGCUCUCGUGGGCACAGAGUGGGUGAUUUAUUACUGUGGAGUCAGAGCUGCUGGGAAUGGGGUUGCCUGUCAUGUCAGUCUCCCCCUAGACCCUUGCUUACCCUCUCUCUCUCUUUCUUUUUAGUUUUUAUGUACUUUUUAUUUUAUUUUUAAAAAAUCUUUAUUGUUGAGAGUAUUACAGGUGUCCCCCUGUCCCCCACCCCACUGCUCCCCUCUACCCAGGUCCUGCCCCACCCCAGGCCUUCACCACCCUAUUGUCUGUGUCCAUAGGUAAGAUCUUCGGUUACUCUCUUCCUGCCCCCACCCCAGUCUCCCCUGAGAUUCGUCGGUCGGUUCCAUGCUUCCAUGACUCUGAGUCUGUUUUAUUCACCAGUUUAUUUUGUUCAUUAGAUAUCCUCUUCGUUUAUUUUGAUUUUUAGAUUCGAUUGUUGAUAGAUAUGUAUUUGUUGCCAUUUUAUUGUUCAUGUUUUUUAUCUUUUCUUCUUCUUAAAUAAUACCCUCCAACAUCCUAUAUAAGAAAAGGCUGAUAUACAAAUUGUCCCCCUGACUGGGAGUUCGACUGGGAGUUUGACCAGGGGGGUGCCGGCGGGCCAACCGCCCACAGCCCCUCCCCUCUACUGUCCUGUCCCUCCCCCCCCAUCGGGGGACCCCACCUGUGCACGAAUUAUAACCUUAUAACCAUGGUUUUGAACUCUAUCCAGUAGUUUGCUUGCUUCCAUGUCUUUCAUUUGUGAUAUGUUUGUCUCUGCAUUUGGCUGCUUCCCUGUGUUUGUUUCUAUGUAUUGGGCAGAGCUGCUAUGUCUCCUGGAGUUGGUAGAGUGGCCUUCUGUAGUAGGUGCUUUAGGGCCCCGUGGCUCAGCCUCCCCAGUCACCUGAGUGGGCACUCUAGGUGCACCCCUGUGUGGGCUGUCUGCACGGUCUUGUAGUUGAGCCUUGAUUGCUGUUGGCGUCUCUGGGAGGAGUUGACCUCCAGGCCAAUUGGCUGUGAGGACCAGCUGUGACUACAGUGGGAGAGCUGCUGUGCUAGAGCCGAGUCUUGAGCCUUUUAUUGAUAGGUUUGGGGCAGCUGUCACCAGCUGCAGCUUGUCUGAAGCCUGAGGCAGGACAGGCUACUCAUAUGGAAAAGCUGCCUCAAACAGCUUGGGGUGGGCCUACAAAUUGGAUGGGGCGGGGUCUCAGGGAAUCAUUAGGGCGGAGCAAACAGCGUGCUCCAGGCUGAUGGAGACUCAAAUGCCUGCCAGUCAGCCCUGCAACAGGGGCGGUCCCAGCACAGGAACAAGGACCCUUGCGAGCACCCCUCUCUGGGAGAAAGCCACCCCGAGUUCCUGCCCUGAUGCCAGACAACCCAGUUCCUCCCGUAUGUGUCUGGGUCCCCAGCGCUGGAGCUCGGAAGAAGUGGACCAAGUAAGUUUGUGCGCCACCGGCUCUUCACACCUGGGGUUCCAGCAGACUCAGCGUCACUUAGCCCCAACCCCCGAUGGUUUUUACAGCCUGUAGUUGCGUGGACUUCUCCCCCCAGCUCUGGAGCCCUGGGCUGGGUUUUGGUGUGGGGCUGGGACCCCCUGCUCCUCACGGGCCGCCUCGGCAGAGACAGUCUCCCUCCGGAUUAAAAAUCCGCACACACGGGUGUGAGACCAGCCACUCCUCACCCCACCCCUCCGACCAGCCUCUGUGCUUUCUUCGUUACUUUUCUGGUUGUGAUGAAAAGCAGGCCUCUGUUCAGCCAGCCUUCGCGGCGGCCCCGUGUUGUAGUUGUGACUUUGACGUGGCCGUGGGAGGCGGCGAGUGCAGGCGGCUAUCGGUAGGCUCGGGGCGCGCCGUCACCAGCUGCAGCUUGUUUGAGGAUUUCAGCGAAGCCUGAAGCCUGAGCCGGGACAUCUGGGUUCUCCUCUACCCCGUCUCUUUCUCGAACAAACCACGUCCCCCCAAACAGGGCCUGUGUCUGGGGGAAGGGGGAGCUGGAGGGAAGGCUCUGAGAGUCUAGCGGGUGGGUCUCCCACUGGAGCAGCUUCAGAACUGGCCUUGGCCCUGACCUCCCGCUGGGCCAGCGCCUCCUGAUGCAGGGUGUGCUCAGGGCUCCCCGCUGCCCGAGGCCUUACUGGUGGUGUGUGCGAGGGGUCCCCAGUGCUCCCACCCGCCUGCCAGGGUAGUGUCCUGGCUCCAUGGAAACGCACUUCUUCUAGAACAGCACAUGGAGAGCUGCCAGUUUUAUGCCCGGCCUCACCUCAAACUCGUAGCCCUCGGGAAGCAUCUGGGACCUGUAACAGCAACUGGAAAAGAACUCCGUCUGAAGGGUUGGUGUCUCCCU